AGGAUCUUUGGCUGUGGGGAGCGCACUAGUAGGAAGGGAUUGACGGAGGACUCUGGUCAGUAACAGCGGACCCUUGAUGGACAGGACGGCCGUGGUGAAGGUCGGGGCCGCGGCCAGCGCCAGCGUCUGUGCCCUGUUCGGUGGAGUAGUUCUGGCCCAGUACAUCGUGGCCAAGAAGAAGCGAGCGGGCAAGAAAACACGGAUCAUUGAGAUGAUGCCUCAGUUUGAGAAGACCACGGUGCACAUGAGGGACCCCGAGAGGGUGGAGCAGAUCAUCUGCGGCCUCAUCAAAGGAGGAGCGUCCAAACUACAGGUCAUCACAGACUUCGACAUGACGUUAAGCAAGUUCGCUGUCAACGGAAAACGCUGCCCGACGUGCCACAACAUCAUCGAUAACUGCAAGCUGGUGACGGAGGACUGCAGACAGAAGCUGCUGCAGCUGAAGAAUAAAUAUUACCCCAUCGAGAUCGACCCCCACCUCACCAUGGAGGAGAAAUACCCGUUCAUGGUGGAGUGGUAUUUCAAGUCUCACACACUCCUUGUGGAGCAGCGGCUAGAGAAAGACAAACUGCCUGAGGUGGUGAGGGAGUCUGAUGCUGCUCUCAGGGAAGGCUACGAGCAGUUCUUCGACCACCUGCAGCAGCAUGAGGUGCCCGUCUUCAUCUUCUCCGCCGGCCUGGGCGACGUGUUGGAGGAGAUCAUCCACCAAGCCGGAGUCUACCACCCCAACGUCAAGGUCGUCUCCAACUUCAUGGACUUUGAUGAAAACGGUGUCCUGAAGGGUUUCAAAGGCGAGCUGAUCCACGUGUACAACAAACACGACGGCGCCCUGCGGAACACGGAGUACUUCAAACAGGUGAAGGAGUCCAGCAACAUCAUCCUCAUGGGGGACUCGCUGGGGGACCUCAGCAUGGCCGACGGAGCGCCCAACGUGGAGAACAUCCUCAAGAUCGGCUUCCUCAACGACAAGGUGGAGGAGCGGCUGGACAAAUAUCUAGACUCUUACGACAUCGUCCUGGUGAAGGAUGAGACUCUGGAAGUGCCCAACGCCAUCCUCCAGAAGGUCCUAUAACUGCACCCCCUCUACUUCUCCCAUCAGCCCCUUCCAGCCAUGGGCCUGUCUGACUUCUGUACCCCCACCCCCCAUCCCCUUUAAAAGCCUUUUUUAAAAGACAUUUUACAUCUCCUAAAUGAACUCUUUUAAAAGCCCGCGCAGCAGCAUCAGCCUCUCUGUCCGUUUCAAGUGUAACUGGUGUUUUCUCUCCAAGUCGUUUUGUGAUAUAAACAGAUAUAUAAAUAACCAAAAGUAAGAUUUGAAACGGCCCACAAACUCUCGCUCCAUGUUUAUAAGUUGCACAUUGUUCUUGUUACCAUUGUUACUCGCAGGGUUAUUCUGGAGAAUGCCGACAGACUGAGGCUUUUGUGAAGCAGUCACCUCAGGUACUCUGGACACGUGACUAUGAGAGAGACAUAGAAAUGCAAAAAGCAAAGUUUAGAUUUCCCUUCAUAAAAGACCUUUAAUUUGCUUUCUUCCUAAUGCAAAUUACAUAUGAUGCUAGCAAUAUAAUGACCAUGGACACUUUGUGUAAAAAAAAAGAAAAAGGAUUUCCAACAUGAGAGGAAACGCACUUUAAAUUCUGUGUACGGGGAAUCCGCCCGUACAUAUGGCAGUCAUUGGGAUUUGUGUGUGUACGAGAAAGUUAUUGCACAGGAAUGCCACGUUUACUUCAACAUUUUGAACCUUAUUGUGCUCGUUCGGCAUCACAUCGGAGGAAGAAGCAGCCCUCUCUGCAUUGCUGACUCGAUAAAGUGUUCGCUGCGCCAGUGUUUAAGAUUUAAAAGGUAUUAAAUAAUUGUAAAGGUGGCGUGUAGUGGCAUCGGUAUAUCAGAUGCAACAAUAAAGCCCCUUAAAGUAAAAUGUGCUGCAAUAUGAUAUUUAAUACUCAUUAUGAAGCCAGGUUCUGUAUUUCAGAAGGAAAAACUGCUGCCUGUGCUUCAAUAAAAUGCAGCAAAACACUUAGAAUAUAAUACAUCUCAUCGCCUUUUUUAUUCUGUGGUAAGAUUCGAGCACUACCUCUAACACAUUCAUCUGGUUUUUUUUGGGGAGGUUGAAGGUAAACAUGUCUCCAGUGUUCAAUGUUCUCUUUGUGUUUUGAAUGUGCUGCUAUCACAUGCAUGUUGCCUUUUCUUAUUGUUGACUUUAUGUAAAGGAAACGGGAGACUAAGAUAUAAUAUUAUAUAUGAAUAAAACUGGGAUUAAUGUCA